GAAAUUGACUUUCCUAUUCCCGGUCCGUGCGCACCGCAGCCGUCAGUCUGGAAGAGGAGGCGGGACCGCAGGGGUGUCUCUGAUGUCCUGGUGUGGACGCGAUGUGACCGUGACAUAGCUGUCCUGGCUUCGCUUGGGACUGCCCGGCGGGAGUCUGGACUUCUCGCUCCGGCUCCCUAUCCGGACCUUCCUGCACGGCGGGCGCUGGGCUUUGCCGCCUUCUGACCGCGCACCGCCGCAUCCCCCUCCCCAUGCUCCUGCAGCUUUAUCCCGGUCACAAAGAGCACCCCCUCUCAUCGCUCGCUCUGAUCCACUUCCUCUUGUCUAUUUUCCUUUCUCCUUCCUCUCUCUCCCUCGCUUUACUUUAAAAAAGCCUGCAAAUGUUUGGUGGGUACGUGUCUGGUGACACGCGCCGUGGGAAGAGCACCGGCCUGGGUGUUGGAAGACCUGGGUUCUAGGUCCAGCGCUGGAAACACUAGGAGGGCUACUGGACCACUCGGCCUCGGUUUAUCUAUUAACUGCUGAAGUACUGAUCGAGUUCUGCGUUUCUUCAAUGAGGAACUACAGGCUCAUCUUCUGCCAUAAUCUCAAACAGCCAUAAAUGACAAAAGAAUGCUUGCUCAGUGAGGGUAGCUGGUGCAGAAACCAUUUUUUAAACUUAGGUGUUUAAGUACUCAAAGAAAAGACAGCUUUGAUUUCUGGCUGCAAAAAGAUAUGAGGAAGAGCUCCUCCCCUUCCUUGAGUAACUGCAACUCCGUACUUGCUAACAAAAUAUUUGGAAUUCCACUUGAUGAGCUGCAGCAGGGAGGACAUCCAGACAAUGAGGUUCCAUUCAUAGUUCGCCACGUUGUGGACUAUAUUGAGGAACAUGGAGGUCUGGAGCAAGAAGGACUUUUUCAAGUCAAUGGAAAUGCUGAGACGGUGGAGUGGCUUAGGCAGAGAUAUGACAAUGGAGAAGAUGUGGAUCUGGUUAAGGAAGCAGAUGUUCCCUCAGCUAUUAGUCUUCUUAGGUUUUUCCUUCAAGAACUUCCAGAACCUGUCAUCCCUGGUAGCUUGCAUAUUCACUUGAUGCAACUUUCUCAAGAUUAUAAUAAUGAAGAUGAAUUUGGAAGAAAGUUGAGGUUCCUCUUGCAACAGCUUCCACCUGUUAAUUACAGUUUGUUGAAGUUUCUGUGUAGAUUUUUAGCCAACGUAGCAUCACAUCAUGAAGAAAUUUGGUCUGCAAAUUCUUUGGCUGCAGUCUUCGGUCCAGAUGUCUUCCACAUUUAUACAGACGUGGAAGAUUUGAAAGAGCAAGAAAUAGUAAGCAGAAUAAUGGCUGGACUUCUGGAAAACUACUAUGAGUUCUUUGAGAAUGAAGAGGAAGAUUUUUCAUCUACUAAUGAUCUGAGUUCACUAACUGAACAGAUUAAUGAACUCUCUGAGGAAGAGGAAGAAGAUGAAAAGCUAGAGCAGUCAGAAGAACUUCCAGAAGAUUGUGCAGAGAAAUCUAAAGAAAUGCCAGAGGUGGUACACUUGAGGAUGACCGAGAACAUCCUGGAAUCUAAUAGUGUUAAAGCAUCAACAAGUGCUCAUAUAUCUCCCAUCAACAUCUUGCCAGCCUCUGCAGACAUUUUAGAGAGAACAAUUAGAGCAGCUGUGGAACAGCACCUUUUUAAUCUGCAGAGCGGCAUAGAUCAUGAUCUAAAGAGUCUACAGCAGCGUGGUGUGGGGCACAACAAGGAAGCAAAAAGUACAGAUUGUGAUGGAGAAGGAGCUGAUGACCAGGAUGUUAUUGCUGGUGAUAUUAAUGCUAGUGAGAGUAACAGAGGCUGCUCUGAAACACUGGCUAGCACAAAUUUAGAAAAUGAAGCAAUUCAGCCUGAUUUUGCAUUUGAGAAUGAAGAAAAUGACCAGUCUUUAGGUAUUCUAUUAGAGCCAUGUAUUGAACAUAGUGAUGAUGAAGAUGAAGGUGUUCAGAGAAAUGAGUGUGUCCCAUUAGAUGACAGUGGCAAAAAUUCACAGUUGGCUCUGGAUUCUAGUAGCAAGAUAUGUGAUUUGAAUGCCAACACUGAAUCAGAAGUGCCAGGAGGUGAAAGUGGUGGUGGUGUUCAUGGAGAAGCAGCGUGUUUGCAUAUCCCCCAUUUAGAGCUGAAGAGUGUUUCUGAUGGUGAUAAAUGGGAAGAGCCAUUUCCUGCUUUUAAGUCUUGGCAGGAGGAUUCUGAAUCUGGAGAAGCUCAACUUUCCCCACAAGCUGGGAGAAUGACUCAUCAUCCUCUUGAAGAAGAUUGUCCACCAGUAUUGUCACAUCGUAGUUUAGAUUUUGGACAAAGCCAGCGGUUCCUGCAUGAUCCAGAAACUUUGGAUUCUUCAUCUAAAGCACUUUCUUUUGCCAGGACUCGAAGAGCAUCCUUUAGUUCAAAAGAUGACAAAAGGGAAGAUAAAACACCGUAUCAGUUGGUCAAGAAACUACAGAAGAAAAUCAGACAAUUCGAAGAGCAAUUUGAGAAAGAGAAAAACAGUAAGCCCUCCUACAGUGAUAUUGCAGCCAAUCCCAAAGUUUUAAAGUGGAUGACAGAGCUUACUAAACUAAGGAAGCAAAUUAAAGAUGCAAAGCACAAAAGCUCUGAUGGGGAAUUUGUACCUCAAACACGUCCACGCAGUAACACUCUUCCCAAAAGCUUUGGCUCUUCUCUAGACCAUGAGGUUGAAGAGAAUGAAGAUGAAUCCAGGGUCAUACAAAAGGAGAAAAAGCCAACCAAGGAGGCAACACUUGAACUUAUUCUGAAAAGACUGAAAGAGAAGCGUGUAGAAAGAAGCCUUCCAGAAGACAUUAAAAAAAUGACAAAAGAUCAUUUGGCCGAAGAGAAAACUUCUCUCCAGAAAAGUCUUCUGUACUAUGAAAGUCAACAUGGAAGACCGGUAACCAGAGAAGAAAGACAUAUUGUUAAGCCUCUCUAUGAUAGAUACCGGCUUGUGAAGCAGAUGCUGACGAGGGCAAGCAUCACUCCCAUUCUUGGAUCUCCAUCUACAAAGAGACGAGGUCAGAUGUUACAGCCUAUCAUAGAAGGAGAAACGGCCCAUUUUUUUGAAGAAAUUAAGGAAGAAGAAGAAGAUGGUGUUAAUUUGUCUUCUGAGUUAAAUGAUAUCUUGAAAACUGCCACGCAAACACAGACCUUUUCAAGCUCAUUGGAAAAUUCAGAAUCUGAUGUUGAAGAAAGUCAAGAAAAACUGGCUCUGGACCUCCGUCUGUCAAGUACUCGAGCAGCUUCCAUGCCUGAAUUACUAGAGCAACUUUGGAAAGCCAGAGCUGAAAAAAAGAAGCUACGCAAAACAUUACGGGAAUUUGAAGAAGCAUUUUAUCAACAAAAUGGAAGGAAUGCUCAGAAAGAGGAUCGGACCCCAAUGCUUGAGGAGUACAGGGAGUAUAAGAAAAUUAAAGCCAAACUUAGGCUCCUUGAAGUUCUUAUCAGCAAACAAGAUUCUUCAAAAUCCAUAUAAAAAUGCUCCUUCAAAACAACAUAAAAACCAGUUGUAUUCCCUGAAGCUACCAUCGUGUGUACUGGCUGAUGCUUGAGUUCAUUUUUUGUCAUGUGCUAUUCAAAGAAUUUCAUGUGAACUUUAUUGUGGUGCCACUACAAAAGUAUGAUGGGAGGGCAAGUAGGCCCCUUUUAGGGAGCAAAUAAAAUGUUCCAAAUUAACAGGAAACUAUUCUCUCUACCUUUAGCAAACAUGCAGUUUCCCUUCAGUGUUUUGUAUUACAGAUACAUCCUUUUCCCAAAAGACUCUAGAAUUUUAUCUUUUCAACUGUAAAGAACUUCGGAAAUUUACAAGCUUUUUGUUAUUACCGACUUCUUUUUGCAUUACUGAAGAAAAUCACGAUGUAGAUCUUCACACCACACUGAACUACUCUAGUUGCCUUCUUCUUACAGAAAAAUUGAGAGUAAAACAUAAAAACACAUACAUAUGCAACUGUAUUCUGUGUUUUCCUGGAAAACCAAAACCAAACUGAAAUUCCUUUCUGAGUCCUGCUGUGGAACAGCUUUCUGUUUAAAUCCCACAAAGACGUGUCUCACAGGUAGUAAGUUAUCAAUCCAUGGAUUUUUUUUUUAAUCCCCAAGUCAGUGGUCACAGCUCCUGGACGAAGAAAGCAGUGGACAGACCAGAAAGUGACCUUUAACACAAUUUUAAAAACACAGAAAACAACUUGGAAAACUGAUUCAUUAUCACACGCUGCCUACAGGACUUGAGUUACUAUUCGUUUUCUUGGUUAUUGUUUAACAACUGGUGGUGACAUGAUUUGCCUUCCCCAAUUGAUAAUGUGAGAACCUUAUUACCCAUGUCAGCAUGUGGGAAAUCUGAUGGUGCUUAAACUUGUAUAGUGCCAGCAGAUCCAAACUGGCCUAAAUGAGUAAAAAUGAUUGUUAGAGCUGAAGUAAAUCUGUUUAAACAAGGGCUAAUAUUACUGCAUUUUACAUGCACCUUAGGGUGGAUCGGUGGGUUGUGUAAAUCUUAAAAAUUACAAGGAAAAAAAUACUACAAUAAGCCAACAUCCUUUUCUCCCUCCCCCACCCCUUCCAAAAAUUACUUUCUGUUAUCACAUUGUAUAUGUGUGAUGCAGCUAGGAAACAGAAAGCAGUAGCGUACCCUUGUAGUGGAAGCAGAUCUUUUUUUUUCGGUUGUAAAGCAUGGUUCAGCUUUAAAAAAAAUGUCCCCUUGGUGUCAUUCUGGUGAUCGUUUUCACUGUUGGAUAAUUAUUCACUGGCUUGUGCUAUAUGAUACAGCAGUCAUUCAAAAGAUUGAGGUCAGGCAGAACUUGAGUGUUCGUUUUGAACUGGUGCUUUUCUGUGUUGGGUAAGUAUAGCAGUUUGACUAGCACUGUUUUGCGUGCAGCGACUUUACAUGCAUGUUUUCUGACAAGUUAAUAUUAACACACUUUGUUUCAUCAAAGACCAAAAGAUACUUUGGGGUGGGCAGGGAACAUCAUUAGAAGCUGUGGGAAGCAUGAACUUCAUAGACUUGGGGGACUUAUUAAACAAAGGAUUGAAAGUGAAUAGGAUCUAUGGUACUUGAGAGUUGAUCUGUGUGUGCAGCGCCUCUUUUGUUUUUGAAAUCGAAGAGUGGACAUGUAGUUUGGGAAUUUUAACAAAAGAAGCACUAAAACUAGCCAUGUUCUGAUGGUUUCCCUUUUUAUAUAGCAAGGCUAUUCAUAAAGUAUGUAGAGAAAUGGCGUUUGAAAACUAAAACCAGGACCAUUUAUCACUUUGAUUUGGAUCCAUUGUGCAAUGUACAUUUCAGUUAUUUUUUUCCAUCAGUUCCGCAGACACGGGUGUAUCCAAACAUUGAAGCUAAUGCGUACUGUAUAUUGUUGUACAUGAAUGUUUGUGUUUUAUAUGCCACAUGCAGAAUGUCAAUAUGCACUAUUUAAAUGUUUUAAAUAAUAUAUUCCUCCUUUAUAAUGCUUAAAACUAUAUGAUUCCAAUAUUUUUAUAAGUGAGUGAUCCGACUGGUUUCAUUUUAGAAUUAACAGCUGCUUUGUGUUGUUUGUUGUACAGAGCGUUUGGCCGUUCAGUUUAGUAGAUAAGCAUGGCAGCAGUUGUGCUCUUAAGUGUUGUGUGCCAUCCUUGUUGGGCAGUACGUGGUAGAAUUAGGCAUUUUGUCAUAAAUACAAGUAAAAACUAUGUAUCUAUAUACCAGCAACGUGUGGGUAUAUAGAUAUAUUUGUAUGUCCACUAGAUAUAACUACAUUGCUACAUCUGGCACUUCACUGUAUAGAUUUUUGUAAUAAAAAAUACCUUAAUCUUUAUUGUCCCAA